AUGGCCGGCAAAGUCACAGACUGGGUGAAACCCAACGACAAGUCGGGCGAGUUCAAGCGUCAGCAGAGCUCGUUCCGCAACUUCAUCUCGCGCGAGGAGGGCGCCAAGUUUGCGCCUGAGAAGGGGCGGUAUCAUCUCUACAUCAGCUAUGCGUGUCCUUGGGCUUGCCGGGCGUUGAUUACGCGCCAGCUUAAAGGUCUUGAGGACUUGAUCAGCUAUUCUGUUGUUCAUUGGCACCUUGGCGAGAAGGGCUGGCGCUUCGUGACAAGCGACGAAAAGGACAUCCCCGGAGCCCACGUCGUGCCCGAUCCCGUCCCGGGCCACGAGUCCUACACCCACCUCCGCGACCUCUACUUCGAGUCGGAGCCGGGCUACGAGGGCCGCUUCACCGUGCCCGUCCUCUACGACACCAAGCUCAAGACGAUUGUCAGCAACGAGAGCAGCGAGAUCAUCCGCAUGCUCUACACGGAGUUCGACGACCUCAUUGACGAAAAGUACCGCAACGUCAACCCCUACCCGGAGUCCCUCCGCGCGCAAAUCGACGAGGCAAACGAGUGGACGUACGACAAGAUCAACAACGGCGUCUACAAGUCGGGCUUCGCCACCACGCAGGAGGCCUACGAGCGCAACGUCGUCGCCCUGUUCGAGGCGCUCGACAAGGCGGAGGCGCAUCUGAAGACCACGGCGGUCGAGGGGCCGUAUUACUUUGGCAAGGACAUCACCGAGGCCGACAUUAGGCUCUACGUGACCAUUAUCCGAUUUGAUCCCGUCUACGUGCAGCACUUCAAGUGCAACAUCCGCGACAUCCGCUCCGGGUACCCCUUCAUCCACAAGUGGAUGCGCAACCUGUACUGGAACGUGCCGGCCUUCAAGGACACGACCCAGUUCGAGCACAUCAAGUGGCACUACACAAAGAGCCACACCCAAAUCAACCCCUUCUCCAUCAGCCCCGUCGGUCCUUUGCCGCACAUUCUGCCCCUGGACGAGGAGGUGCCGGCCGCUAGCAAGUAG